AUGGGUGGUGGGGCCACACAACAAGAGGCCCCGGACGAUCUGAACCAGCAGGCGAGCAAGCGAAGGCGUGUGUUACGAGAAGUGAUGAUAUUCGAGAACUAUUUAUAUGAUCUCAUGGAGUGUCGAGAAGAUUUCUCUGCCACACAAGAAGAGAACAAGAGUAAGAAGAAAAAAAAGAGCAACAACUCUCCUGCAGAAGGUGAGAAGAAGUUCCCGUUGCACUUUGCCCCCCUCAGCCUGCAGGACCUGGAGAACCUGCCGAUCGUCGAAGACCAGGAACUCACACUCCAAGAUAAAGACGCUCAGCAGCAACAGCAGCAGCACCACCACCACCACCACCUCCAGGAGCAGCAGCACCAGCAACACCAAGAGGAGCAGCACCAGCAGCACCAGGAGCAGCACCACCAUCAAAAGCAGAAGCACCACCAUCAACAGACGAAGCACCACCAUCACCAUCAACAGCAACAGCAGCAGCAGCAUGCCGCGGAAGAAGGUCAUCACAGCCAGUCCCCUCCCGCGGCACAUCAGGCCCUGAGCGGCCAUCGCGCUCUCCCCGCCCAGCCGUGUGAGAUACAACGCCUUCAGGAAUCACCUGCCCAGCCACAUGUGAUGCACGGCCAGCAAGACUCACCCGCCACCGCCCACAUGAUGCCUGGACAGCAGGCGUCUCCUGCUGCAGUGUUCAAGAGACAGCAGGCGUCCCCUGCUGCAGUAUUCCAGGGACAUCAGGUGUCUCCAGCUGCUGUGUUUCAAGGACAGCAGACAUCUCCUGCUGCAGUGUUCCAGGGACAGCAGGUGACUUCUGCUGCUGUGUUUCAGGGACAGCAGACGUCUCCUGCUGCUGUCUUCCAGGGACAGCAGGUGUCUCUUGCUGCUGUGUUUCAGGGACAGCAGGUGUCUCCUGCUGUUGUGUUUCAGGGACAGCAGGGGUCUCCUGCUGCUGUGUUUCAGGGACAGCACGGGUCUCCUGCUGCUGUGUUCCAGGGACAGCAGGUGUCCCCUGCUGCUGUGUUCCAGGGACAGCAGGUGUCUCCUGCUGCUGUGUUCCAGAAGAAGCGGACGUCUCCUGCUGGAGUGUUCCAGGGACAGCAAGCACUUUCUGAGGAACAACAGGCAUCUGCGGGGCCAUCCCAGGGACAGCAGACAUCUGCUGCUGGAGUGUUCCAGGGGCACCAGGCAUCUACUUUUGCAGAAUUCCAGGGACAGCAGGCAUUUUCUACUGAAGUAUUCCAUGAACAGCAAGCAUCUCCUACUGCAGUGUUCCAGGGACAACAGGCACCUGCUGGAGUGUUGCACACACAGCAGGCAUCUGCUGCACUGCUGCAGGGACAACAAUCGUCUUCUCCCGGAAUGUUUUCAUGCCAGCGGGCACCUAAUGAAAUGUUCCCGGGUCAGCAGGUAUCUCCUGAACUGCUCCAGGGGCAGCAGACGUCACCCAGCUCUGUGCAAGUGAUGCAGGGCCAGCACAGGUCUGCCACCAGUACUCAGAUGACCCCAGGCCUCCAUGCACCUCCCGCUGAAAUGAUGCAGGACCAGCACAGGCCUCCCGCCAGUACUCAGAUGAUCCCAGGCCUCCAUGUAUCUCCCGCUGAAGUGAUGCAGGGCCAGCACAGGCCUCCCGCCAGUACUCAGAUGACCCCAGGCCUCCAUGUAUCUCCCGCUGAAGUGAUGCAGGGCCAGCACAGGCCUCCCGCCAGUACUCAGAUGACCCCAGGCCUCCAUGUAUCUCCCGCUGAAGUGAUGCAGGACCAGCACAGGCCUCCCGCCAGUACUCAGAUGAUCCCAGGCCUCCAUGCACCUCCCGCUAAAGCAAUACAGGGCCAGCACAGGCUUCCCGCCCAAGGACAUGCUGUUUACAACCGCCAGUCUCCUGCUGCAGCACAGUUGGCUAUCCUAGGGAUCCACAGAUCCCCUAGCGAGGGUCAUGCAUUUUACGGCCGUCAGGUGUCGCCGAUCUCAGGAGAUGCAGCUUACAGUUUUCCAGGAGGAGGCCGCGUCCACCUGGGCCAUCCAGUGCCUCCUGUCCAGUGCCAAGCACUACCGAGCCAACAAGUGUCGCUUCCCUCAGGCCAGAUGGUGCCCGCCCACGAGGUGUCGCGUCCAGAACCAGGACAAGAGGUUCACAUCGUGCCUUGCCCGGGACAUCCAGGGCUGCCUCGCUCCCAAAUGACUCUGCCUGCACCACAUCCAACCCUGAUGAACUACCCAGCGGUCCCUGCGCCCCACGCAGGACCCGCGCCCCACGCAAGCUCCGCACCCCACACAGGCCCCGCGCCCCACCCAGCCCCUGCACACUUCGGCCAACGCUUCAUGAAUCACAACUUAUCUGCUCCGGCGAACGUGUUCCACCAAAAACAUGAGGCGCCUUGCAUCCUUCCCGAUCCUCGCGCCUCCUUCACUGCCGCCUUCACGCGUCACCAGCAGCAGCAGCAGCAGCAGCAGCAACAGCAGCAGCAGCAGCAGCAGCAGCUGCAGCAGCGGAGGCAACAGGACAUAUGUGACAUCCUAGAAGGCGCUCACUUCCCCAUAGCUAUCCACAGCGAAAACAGAGCCCGCGCCAGAACCCUGGGCUGCACGAGGCACUCCCGCUUCCGUCUGGGGCUCAAGAGGACCGCCAUGAAGUGCAAGGCGUGCCAAGUGCCGCUCUGUGUGGAGUGCUUCACGCCCUUCCACGUGGAGAUGUAUCAACAAAAUUACCUUGGACAUCUUGCUCCCGACUCUCGUGCACACCUGUGA